CGGCGUCGUACAGUGAUCAGUGGCGUCGAGACGUCCUACUCCACUAACGUCCCACCAGGAUGAGGGCGGACCGGGCUAAGGAGAGCAGCCUCCACCGCAUACAGGAAUGUCCUCUGCAGGAGGUCGACCUGGAGACGGACUACGAGGUAGACCGUGACCUGGGAGAAGGCUGCUUCGCCAAGAUAGUGUUGGCUACUCACAAACAAACCGGGACUAGUGUAGUGCUCAAGAUGAUCCAUGAAGAACUCACCACACUCAAAGACUUCUACCGCGAGUUCCACUACAGCUACCACCUGAGUCCACACCCCAACAUCCUGUGUUCCUACCCGGUGGCGUUCAAGGCAGCCAACUGCUGGGUGUUCGCGCAGGAGUACGCCCCCCUGGGUGACCUGAGCGGCGUGGUCCGGGCGGGCGGAGUCCCAGAGACUUCGUGCAAGAAGGUAGCUCGUCAGUUGUGCUCCGCUCUGGAGUUCCUUCAUUCCAAGCAGCUGGUCCACCGGGAUAUCAAACUAGAGAAUAUACUGGUCUUCGCUGCUGAUCUCAGCACCAUCAAGCUGUGUGACUUUGGAGAGACUAGGAAAGAAGGGUUGCUGGUGAACAAAGUAAAGUGUACGUGGCAUCAGUUCCUGCCGCCAGAGGUGUGUGAGGCAGUCAAGAACGAGAGGUUCCUCUGCAGACCAGCCUCUGACUGCUGGCAGGUCGGCAUCGUCCUCUACGUCUGUCUUACAGGCUGUCCGCCAUGGAAGAGUGCAGAUUUAACAGACCCUGAGUACAGAGCCUUUAGUCUUUGGCAACGACGACGAUCAACCAAAGUUCCAAACCAACUGAAACGGUUCACCCCUCGGCUACAGAGGCUGUUCAGACGCAUUUGGGAGGCCAAGCCGGAAAAAAGAGGUUCAGUUACCGAGGUCAGCAAGUAUCUCAAAGACUCUUGGCUCAUAGAUAAGGACAAAGACAAAGACAAGCCGUCUGCCCUAGCUCCGCCGGAGCGUCUGGAGCGGCGCAACUCCGCGGAGCUCUACCUCCACCUGGAGGCUGGGGAUGACCUGCGCUCUCUGGCGGACGAGAGCAAGAACAGGAUGCGGAAGCUGCUGAGUAGCUACGGUCUGGAGACGACGGUGGAUCAGCAGCUCAUGACGUCACGAGUAUGGGACUGGAUAAACAGCUGUGACUCAACGACUCCCGACAGUCCGGAGAGUGGAUGAGAAAGAGUUACUGGGGUUGAGAGGGAGGUGGGAGUUGAUGAUAAGAAGGAAGUUGAAACUUCAGGAUAAAAGGUGAAAAUAAUUGACGCUUGAAAAUGUGAGCUAGAAAUCCCAUUUUCUCACUACUAAUUUAAUUUAAUCUUCGGUGAUAUAUGGAUUAGAUAUAGCAAUUUUGAGAAUUAUAACAUAACACCAUUGUUAACUAGGAGUUGUUAGAUAGAUUUCUGUUAUACCUUCAACUAAACUUUUGGAUGCGGAUGUAGACAUACACAGAUCCAUUUUUAGUUAGGUGAAAACCUUUGCAUAUUUGAGAGAAAUAAAUCAUUUUCUUGAGUGCUCUUUGUCGGAGUCUUAGUUCUACUACUACGUGAAAUUUUGUCUUAAAACUGGCUGUAAAGUUAAAACGGAAAUUAAAUGUCUAGUUCCAUUCAUAGUAAAAGCACAGGUAAAAGUCAGGAUGCUAAAAGUUUUUACUAUAGUAAUUUAAUGUAAUUAUUGUUAGAUAAAGUCUUCGAUAUGGCGACAAAACACUGUUAUUAUCACUUUGCUAAUGACAUCUAGUUAUUAUAUAUUAAAUUACCUAAACAUAAGAGUGC